AUGGGCGUCAGUAUGCAUGUCGUAAUAACAUUGAUUACAUUACAAAUUUUUCUAACAGAUAAAGUACAAAGUGAUGCUGGUAAUAUAAGAUGUUUUUAUUGUCAUGAUACUGGUAAAAAUAGAAAUUGUUGGGACGAACAAUAUUUAAAAUCUGCAGCUGUUCACAACGAUACCAGUUAUAUCCGACACUGUGAUGCAAAUCAUGAAUACUGUUUAAUUGAACAGUUUAUACAAAAUGGUAAAGUUAGCAGUUUAAUAAGAGAUUGUAAUAAUAAAAAAGAUUUUAGUGUAGAAGAAAACCAGAAAGGGAGACUAAAAAAUGUCAAUACUAAAAAUGAAACCGUGUGUACUUUUACAGGCGGUUAUCUUGUCUGCAUAUCAUUGUGUGAUCAAGAUUACUGUAAUGGACCUACAGGAUCCAAUCCAAAUUCUGCGGCGCUUUAUAGUCUUAGUUUCAAAAUUUGUUUGUGA